AUGGCCGACACCUCAUCCUCAGAGACCGCCCUGCGACCAGAUUUUGUUGAGAAUGCCAGAAGAUUCCUAAUUAAUCCCAAAGUCAGAUCGACUCCCCUAGAAGAACAAAAGAAGUUCUUGUUGGGGAAAGGAGUAACUAAUGCCGAAAUAAAUGAGGCCUUGAGUAAAGUCAGCCCAGAUCAGGUAUGUUAAAUCCUUUUUUUAAAGUUUUUUAUUCAUAAUGACGUUUAUAUGUAUAAAUUACUGUAUUUUAGCUGGCAGCGAAUCAAGCCCCCCUACCCGAGCAAGUUGUUAUGAUGCAUUCCCAACCUCCGAGCAGAUUUAUUUCAGUCUUACAGAACUUCCUAGUGAUGGGAGGGGCAUCUUAUCUAGCCUAUAAAUUCAUUAGAUCCUUUUUCCUUCCGAAAUUCUUCGACAUCAUCGAUCCAGAAGAGAAAGAAAGACGAGAACUGAAAGAGCAGCUAAACGAACUCCAGAAUACUACAAAAUUUGUUAUGGAUACUGUAUCUCAAACCUUGGAGACAGUGGCCACUCAACAGAACCAACUAAAUAGAGCUCUGAGCUUACUCUCAAAUCAAAACAGAGGUCAGUUUUUGCUUGGAUGACUAAUAUUAUAUCAAUUUAGAUUCGGAUAUUCAAAGGAUUCAGACAGAUUUAUCAGUGAUAAAGUCUUUAUUCCUCCGGAGUGACCAAUUCCCCCAAGUGCCGGCCAAUUUGAAGGCUUCGAAUUCAACAAACAACUUGAUCGGGAAGGCAUUAAACGGCGGGGACGACAUUCCUUCUUGGCAACGAAAGGACCCUUCGAACAGUAAUGGAAGUAGCGACAUCGAGAAAUACGAAAAUGCUGUUGAGCAAUGA